AUGGAAAACAAUGUGCAAUUCAAAAAGGGUUCUACAAGUAAGGGUGGUGUGAACACUAAUAGGCGUAGUUGGACGGUCCUUGAAGAACAAACUUUAAUAUUAGGCUUGAAAGACAUUGUGUCUAGGGGUUGGAAGAGUGAAAAUGGUUUUAAAACCGGUUUUCUAGGCACUCUUGAGCAGUUUAUGGUGCAAAAAUUUCCCGGUACCGACCUUAAAGCAACGCCACAUAUCCAUUCAAAGAUACACGUGUGGAAAAAACACUAUGGUUCUCUAAGCACGAUGUUGUCUAGGUCGGGAUUCGGUUGGAACGAUACAAACAACACGAUCGAGGUCAUAGACGAUCAAGUUUGGCAAGAUUAUAUAAAGACGGAUGUCAAUUCCCGUGCUAUGCGAUAUAAAUCGUGGCCAUUCUAUAAAGAUUGGUGCGAAAUAUUUGGAAAAGACCGUGCUACUGGGGAAAAUGUUGAAGCUUUUGUCGAAGCUAUUAAUGAUUUAGUGGGGAAUAACCAAGAAAUGCGUCACACGUCUAACGAGGAUGAGUACAUUCCGCAUGUAGAGCCUGCCAAUGCGGACAAUUACUCCCAAUACAUGUCUUUCAGUCGUGUUGAUGAGGCGACCUCUUCUAAAUCGAAGUCGAAAUCAAAGAAACGUUCACGCAGCGAUGCAUUUGACAGUGGCUACAUAGAGAUGGCUGCAAAUUUCUUCGAGAAAAUGGAAGCUCAGAUGGGUGAAUUGGUUAGUCGCAUGGGUUUCGAGAAAGAUGUUUCCAUAGCCAGAAAACAAGUUUUUGACGCCCUACAAAACAUGGAGCACCUUACAUUUGAGCAACGACUAAAAGUGACAUCCAGAAUCUGCGAUAAUAGCAAGGACCUCGACAUUUUCUUCUGUUUGACUGAUAAGCACAGGGUAAAUAUAGUGCAGCUGAUCGUAGAGGGUCGUUAUUAA